UUUCACCAAAGACGAAGAACCAGUCUGUAGCAGAGCCUCAGCAGCACAUGCUGGAUUGUGGACAGAAUCAUGGUGGUGAAAAAGAGGACAGCCAAAGUAGAGGCUGUAGUGUUGGAUGAGGAGAAACUGCAAAAAUUAAUGGCAUCUUUGUCUGUGGAUGGAGGAGAAGAUGGAGUCCAAAAGGUUGCACAGACUCUUCAUUCCUGUUUGGAGUUAACGGAUCCGGUGCGACAGAUUCAUCUGGUUAAAAAGGCAGGUUCCCAGUUGGAGGUGCUGAGUGAAGAUCAGCCUGAUGGACCUCUGUUAGAUGCCUGUCUACACACAUUGGCUCUGGUCCACACCUCCCUUCAGGCCAAGAACCCUCUACGCCGUGCCAUUGCCAGUGCAUUAGGUUCAGUACCAGCCUGGUUAUCGGAGCGCGCUGUGGACCAUUUGUCCACCUGUCUGUCUGAAUGUAUGUCCAGCCAAGCUUCAGACCAGUAUCCACACAUUGUCGACACAAUCGCUGCCUGUCUUGACGGUUUUCCUCUUGGUGAAAGAUGUAUUCUCAAACUGCAGCCUGAAGUGUUGCAGUUCCUUCACAAGGCAUUGAGAGAAUACCUACAUCAAAACAGGGGUCUAACAGGACGUCACAUCGCUCAGGCCCAGCUGAUGCAGUCCUGUCUGGCUGCAGUGAAGGCCUCCAUGCAGGUGGUCCAGAGAUCCCAGGAGACCAUCAGUGCCUCUUUACAGUCUGAACAGGAUCGAAGGGAACUUGAGGACACACUGAGCAGCCUCUUGACCUGCUGCAUACACAUCCUCACCGAUGAGGAGUUCAUUCAGGCGGUUCAAAGCACAGCAGGCAUGGCGGUGGUCUUGUUGAUCCGGUCUGUCAUGGGUUCUGGAGAUGAAGUUGCGUCUGUGGUGUGCAGUUUGCUGCGUAGCUCAGCUCAGGGUUUGGACUCAGUGCCUCAGUGGCUGAAGCAGAGGUGUGAGGGUCUGUUUACCAGUGGUCGCCCGCUGGGGGUCUCUCUGUAUCUGUGCCACGGAGCUCUGGCCAUGUUGAGCUGGAAGGGCGCCCUCCCAGGCCCACAGUGGGAACAGCUGCUGCUACUGGUCCCAAACACACUGCUGGACCUGGAUGUCAGUGUAAAGGAGUCCAGUACGGCUAUGGUGGUUGCUCGGGUUCUGACCCUCUGGUCUGGAGCUGCCCUGGACUGUCUGCAGACGGACGCUCAUCCCUGUCCUCCAGGCCUCCAGCGAUGCCUCAGCGGAGGCUCUGAGCUACAGCGCCACCUUCUGGAGCACAUCUACUCACACUGGGAGCACCCUUUAGACGGAGUCCGGCACCAAACCCGCUCCCUGUUCCGCAACCUGCUGCUCCUGCAUCAGCACGCCGGUCCCUCCGUCCCUGACCGGACCGUGGACCCGUACAUCACCGAGCUCACACACAGCCUGCUCAGACUGGAGUGGCAGAUGAGGGGAAAGUACGGCUCCUUAGGCUGCCUCGUGGAGCUUUACGGGGCGGGGUACCUGUUGGACAUCCAGCCCCAGCUCCCUUCAUGUCUCCUGGGCCUGAUGGGGGACCAGACCCUGGCUCCUUACGCUAGCGACCUCUUGGAGCGGCUGUUUGUCAGCCACAAGGCACAGUUAGCCAGCGAGGCCAGCGCUGCAGGAAAGACCACAGAGGACUGGAUGAACUGCUGGCAUCAGGCCUGGGUAACCCCCCUGCUGCAGGUGCUGUGCCGUGCCAGGCUGGACCAGACCACUUACAUCCUGGACUAUUUCCUGCCCAAGCUGCUCCGCUGUAGCCCCUCCAGUCUGGCUCACAUGGUGCAGGCCUUGCAGAAUACACCGCCCUGCAGCACAGGUUCUUCAGGCAGUAGGGGGGCUUUGGGGGCACUGAUGACGUGUCUUCGAGCAGCCCGGGCUCAGGGGGUCAUCCCAUCCUCAGAGGAGGGUCUGUGGGGUGGGCUGGUGCCUCUGGCCCUGCUCCGACAAGCACUGGUCCACAAACACGAUCAAGUGAGGAUGGACGCUUUGGGUUUAGUCUGUGAGAGCCAUCGCAGCACCGAAGUUCUGACGUCACAGGAAAUGGAGCUCAUCCGCUACUUCCUGCCGGCCAAUCUCAAUAGCCAAUCACCAGGCGUCAGGCAGCAGACAGUCAGCCUGAUGAAGAAGCUGCUUUGUAGAGUGAAGGACAGCACUCAACUGUUGCAGAAGAAACUGGUCCAGGAGAGAGACCAGGACCAGAAAGGCAGAGACCAGCACACGCUACACCAGUAUAAGGAGUUCCUGCGCUGGAUGGGUGUUAAUCUGCUUGAGGUUUUGCUGCCUGGAGCUUCGUUCUCUAAAUGCAUUAUGUCCCUCCACCUGCUGGGUCUGCUGGGACAACUCUUCACUUUCACUACCGGUCCUGAUGUGUUUGCCCUGGGUGAGGUUGUGACUUCUGACCACGCUCAGAAUGUCCUCUAUUGUGUAGCCAGCAACUUCCUGGAAGUCAAACAGCUGGCCUCAGCAUUACUACGGCAGCUCCCGCCAUCAACUGUAGGACUACGGUUGGCUGAGAGAAUGUGUGGCGUCCUUCAAGCUGCUCUGGACCUCAGCACCAGUACCAAACCUUUUGACAGCGUCACAGCAGCCCACCUCCUCAACCUGCUGCUCCACCAGCCUGACCUGAGCCAAGCCCUGCAGCGCUGUGCCCAGGAGCAGGGUCUUGGAUUCCAACCUCCACCCCCACCUCCACAGGCCUCUGAGGCUCUCAUUUUGGAGCUCAACACUCUGGCAGUGGUUCAGUUCUUACUACAGUGUCUGCAGUCGGAGGUGUCGAGGGCCGAGUCAUCUCUGUUACAAGCAGCUGCCUCGUAUCCUCUGUAUGGCAGAGCUCACUGCAUCACCGCUGUCCUGCAGCAUCUAAACACAGAGGGUUUGACUCAGACCGAACGGUGGCAGCGUCUAGUUUCAGAGCUGAUCGCCGUGUGCUACAGGAUGUCUGAUGUGGUCUCUCCUGUUGUCCAGAGCUCCUCCCCUGAAGGUCUCAUCCCCAUGGAUACAGAGUCAGAGGCGUCGGCGGGGCUGCAGAGGAUCCUACAGGAGAUCCAGCCCAGAGACACCAAUGACUUCUUCACCAGCGCCAGAGAGUUGGACUCCCAGCAGAGAGACGAUCACACACAAACACCAGCACUGGACACAGGCGGCGAGGGCUACAGGGUGACAGCGCAGAUGGUGCUGGUAUGCUGCUGGCGGAGUAUGAAGGAAGUGGCCAUGCUGCUCGGACAGCUGUGUCAGAGUCUGCCUCUGCACUACACCAACGACCAUGCAAACACACACUCAGGCCUCAUCACUGAAGAGCAGGUGGAGGGGGUCGGCCUGUACUUCCGUCAGCAGCUCCUGCAGUCCCGUCACCGUGGCGCCUUUGAACUGGCUUAUGUGGGCUUUGUACGCCUCACCGACAUGCUGUGCAGGAGUGGAAGCCAGACCCUGCAGCAGCUUCCGGCUCGUUGGCUGACCGAGGUGUUGGAGGAGGUCAAAUCCAGCGACCCUUCAUCCAAACUGUGCGCCACACGACGCAGCGCUGGGAUACCCUUCUACAUUCAGGCUCUGCUUUCCUCUGAGCCCAAGUCGUCCAGUUGCAGUCUGUUGAAAAUGACCAUGAGGGAGCUGAUCGCCUUGGCCACGCCCUCUUCUGACCGCAACACUGACAACUCCACCGUGCCUCAGGUCCAUGCUCUGAACAUCCUCAGGGCUCUGUACCGGGACACCCGUCUGGGAGAAAACAUCAUUCCGUUUGUCUCCGAUGGAAUGCAGGCUGCCGUGCUCGGUUUCACCUCCCCUGUCUGGGCAGUGAGGAACUCGUCCACGCUUCUCUUCAGCACUCUGAUCACCAGGAUCUUUGGAGUGAAGAAAGGGAAGGACGAACACUCCAAAAAGAACAGGAUGACUGGUCGGGAGUUUUUCACCCGCUUCCCGGCCUUGUAUCCUUUCCUUCUGAACCAGCUAGAGGAGGCUGCUGCCACCGUGGAGAGUGACAGCGGUCAGGUGAAACUCCACCCCAGUCUGUUCCUUCUGCUGCUGGUGCUCAGUCGACUCUACCCGUCUCCCAUGGACGGCUCCUCAACACCUCUGGGACUGGCCCCUUUCACCCCCUUCAUCAUCAGAUGCGGUCGCUCGGCGGUGUAUCGCACCAGAGAGAUGGCGGCCCGGGCCCUGGUUCCCUUCGUGCCGGUCACCCAGGUCCCAUCCACCGUCCACGGUUUACUGCAGGAGCUUCCUCCAGAGCUCGGACCCAGAAUGCAACACAACCACAUCCACGGGACUCUGCUGCAGGUGCUCUUUCUGCUGCGCUCCUUCCAGACUGACUCACACAGACCCCUGCCAGCAGGAAAUGGCAUCGGCGAAGCCCUCCGUCGGCGUAUGUGGCUCGCCUCUCGGCAGAACAGCUGUGUGGUGACCAGAGGAGCUUUUCUUGAUGUGUUGGUUUGUCUCUGUGGGCCCAGGAUCAGUCUUCUGGAUGAUACCGAGGUCAGUGAGCUCCGUCAGGACGCUGUCUCCAUCCUGAUGUCCUCCGACCUCAUCACUUCCUCCACCCCCUUCAUCGCGCCGUUGCCCGGCAGCACCCAGUACCUGCUCAGCCUGGCCCGGGUGGCCCUCAGCGCUGGCAUGGAGAUCCCCGAGCUCUGGGGUACCCCUCAGCUCUCGACCCGGCUCCUGCACAGUCUGCUACAGAGCCCACAGUACGAGGUGAGGGAGCUGGUCCUGGAGGGGGUCCUGAGGAAACUGGAGGACGAGGAAGAAGAGGAAGAGGAAGGAACGGGGGGACCUCAGUGGCUCCAUGAGACCACCCUGGCGACCCUGACCAGCCUGGCGCUUCACGAGACACACCCCCAAUGUCUGGCCAAGGUCCUGGAGGUGCUGUGUCUGCUCAGGUCCAACGUGGAUCUGGCCUGGAGGGACGGGGAUCAGGUUUUGUCCCAGAAGGAGGUCCUGCUGCACCUCCUCACUCUGACCCAAAACUCUGCUCACAGUGUGGAGCUGCACUGCGCCGCCCUGACUCUGCUCUCGCAACUGGUGGUUCAGCUGGUGACCUCUGACCCCCAGGGCCUGGAUGAAGAGGCUCUGCAGUGUUUUGGUCAAUGGGGGGUGCUGGUGUGCUCGUGCUGCAGCGAGGAGCAGCCGGUGGAGGUGAAGCUGAUGGCGGCUAAAGUGUUGGUCAACUGUACGGCCGCGAUACUGACCAGCCCUCAACUGGUGCUCGGUUUGUCCACCACUGUUUCCCUUUGGCGGAGUCUGUUCACGCUGCUGCAGGACGAAGACCAGGAUGUCCGAGAUUCUGCGUCUGACUUCAUCUCUAAAGUCCCAGCAGCUUUACUCAGUGCAGAUGUGACAGGUGUGGCGGUGUGUGCUCCGGUCGCCAUGGACGCAGGCGUGGGGCUCCUGUGCCAGCUGUUUGUGCGGUGGGGGCGGGUACCAGCGGGGGUCCUGGCUCUGACAGAGUGGCUGCUGGGAGAAGAGGAAGGCGACCAGGAGGCAGCUGCAGACGAGGCUUCCAGUCUGGAUGAAGAGGACUUCCUGUUCGAGAAGGGGGAUCUGAACUUGUGGGCGGAGCCUGUGCAGUGGGUGAAGCUGCUCCACCGACACCUCAGGGACCUCAUCCAGACCCGGGACCAGACCGAGGACCCCGGAGACCCUGGAGCUGCAGAGUUCGAUCCGUCUCGGGUCCAGGCGCUGUCGGUCCAGGCCCAGUCCUGCAGCCUGAGCUCCCAGCAUGCCCUGGACUCCCUCCCAGCCCUGCCUCAGUUCUGCUGCACCAUGGAGCACGCCCGGUUAACGCUGCGGCACCAGAGGGCCACGCUGGCCCUGGAGCUGCUACAGAGGCUGAGGUAGUGGAAGGAACUGCCCUCGUAUUCACACACGCUCUUAUUCUGCUCAUUUUAGGGUCCGUGAUGUUUUAAACGAAGGGAAUGAAGCCAAUAAUGGCCUUUUUUAACUCAUGUGUUUUGUAAAUGUCACAGUCAGUGACAACCAGUUGUGUCUGAUUUCUUUUUUUUUUUUAAUGAAAAUGUCCUUGUUUUAAAUAAAGUUGUCCAAAAUUAAAACAUUAUUCACCAAUAAAUAUAUAUUUUUUAACAUCGAAUUUGUUUAAGACGGGUAGAUAGAUGAAACUUUAUUGAUCUGAGAAGGCAGCAACAGGAUGAAGAGCAAGAAAAUGUACAAAAAAUAAUAAUAGUAAUAAAAGGUAAUAUGAGAAAUGUAAGAAGGCAGAGAUUAGAGUAAUUAGAUUUCCAUUUCAGCUUUAGUAAGUGCAUAAGUAGGUCAUGUUUAGUUUUUUUUUUAAUUAUAUUUUUAAGGAAUUUCCAUAUUUUAGUGAUAGUUUUAGGUCUGUAUGUUUUAUAAGAAAACUCGUCAUUUAUAGAAGCUGAAAAUAUAGGAUGAAAGAGGGCAUGAAGUCAAAUAU